AGAUGUGUAUUAGUCAGGAUAUUCUUGAACUAUCGAUCUUAGGGGACCCUAAGGUAGUCGAGUUACCGCCUCAGCAUAGCUGACCGGGGGCAGUUCCAAGACAGCCCGACGUCAUUGGCAUACCAAGUUUAUGAACGCGCUAGGGUGACGAGCAAAGGCAUACUCCUCUGUAAAUUAUUGGACAUAGUGCUAAUUGCCAUGGCCCUAGUCUUAAACAGUUCGCAGCUCAGCCCUGUUCAUGCCACCACAUGGCAUUACCACAAUAAGGUACGCCCAUAAAUCUGUAAGGGUUUAAGGCUCACCAUUGACGUAGUUGAACGGGACCCGCCCCAAUUUUCGGCUUCCGUCUGGUCCGCGGAUCCUCGGACCUUGACAUAGAUCAGUCAACACAAUAACCAUCCACACCUGGCUUUCUCCCGAUUUUCCCCCGUUACCGUUUUGUUGUUUUCAAUGUGAAAACUUUCUCCUCCAUAGAGCAUACCUGCAAUUGCAUCCCUCCCCUCCCCGCCCGAGGAUGUCCAGCGCCAUCGCCCAGAAGGACCCAUCCGUCCUCCGGCCGCGCGCUGUUCUCAUCCAGCCCGACGCAAAGGCUGAUGCGAGUCUCACGCCUCCGUUGCUGGACAGGCUGAGUUCAGAUACAAGCGGCCGCUCCACCCCCAUCCCUGAAGAUGCGCCCCCCUCGGCGAAAUCGAUCGCGGUAGCCCGCAAGCAAGUACGCGCACGAAAUCGCCUCUUUUAUACCAUCGACUAUAUCCCUCGAGUGUCCCACUUCGACCCCGACAGCGACUACCACAAUUUUCGGGGUUUCUUUACCUUGUUUUGGAUCAGUUUGGUGAUUAUGGUGGUUACGACUGUGCUCCGCAACAUUAAGGAUACUGGAUAUCCGUUACGGGUGCGAGUCUGGAGUUUGUUAUCGGCCAAUGUGUGGGAACUGGGUCUGAGUGAUCUAGCCAUGGUAGCCAGCUCGGCACUUGUCCUGCCCAUGCAUAAGCUCUACCGCAGCGGGCCGAAGUGGCUGCGGUGGGCACGUGGAGGCGUGGUCCUCCAAAGUGUCGGAGAGGCCCUUUGGCUGGCAGUGUGGAUCAACUGGCCAUUUAUGCGUCUGUGGACUUGGACAUCCCAGGUGUUUUUCACCCUCCAUCUCUUGACGAUCCUUAUGAAACUCCACUCAUAUGCUUUUUAUAAUGGUCAUCUUAGCGAGACUGAGCGACGCCUUGCCGCUCUUGACAAGCCUGGCCCCAUUGAGCCGACAUCUCCUGGCGCAAUUCGGUACCCAGAGCCAUACCGCCGCCGUCCCUCAAUGAAGCCCCAGCAUGACGAGGAUGACUCUACCGAACCCCUGGUCCGAUUACGUGAAGAUCUGGCAACAGAGCUGACAUCCCCCUUGGGCAACAUCUCCUACCCUCAGAAUCUGAGCCUUGGAAAGUAUGCAGACUUCCUCUGUUGCCCGACUCUCUGCUAUGAGAUGGAGUACCCCCGUCGACUUAACCGCCGGUGGGACGAGAUUGCAUGGAAGACUCUUGCAGUCUUUGGAUGUAUCUUUUUGCUCACGCUAACAAGUGAAGAAUUCAUCGUACCUGUCCUGAGCGAGGCACACGGUCAACUAGAGGCCCUGGACAGUGUGACCGACAAGGCACUCGUCUUGGCCGAGACCAUCAGCAUGCUAUUGUUCCCUUUCAUGGUGACAUUCCUGCUAGUCUUCCUGGUAAUAUUCGAAUAUGUGCUAGGCGCAUUCGCGGAACUAACCCGGUUCGCCGAUCGACACUUCUACUCUGACUGGUGGAACUCGUGUGACUGGCUUGAGUUCUCGCGAGAGUGGAACGUCCCCGUUCACCACUUCCUCUUCCGCCAUGUCUACUUUCCAGCCCGCUCGCACUUUUCUCAACCCGUGGCCAUGUUUAUCACGUUCCUGGUCAGCUCGAUCUUCCAUGAAGUAGUCAUGAGCUGUAUCACCAAGAAAUUGCGCGGCUAUGGCUUCGGAGCUAUGAUGCUGCAGCUACCCAUCGUCGCAGUCCAGAAGUCACGGUUUUUCAAGGGUCGGAAGACUCUCAAUAAUGUUUUCUUUUGGUUCUCGAUGAUCCUGGGUCUCUCCAUGAUGUGUGUCUUUUAUGUACUCGUCUGAGCCUGUUUCUGUCUGCACGAAUUUUGAAUCGUGCGCAAAUAGUGGAUAUAUAUCCACUGCUCGUGCGUCGAUUUCAGGUAGGUUGGAAAUGUACAGUAAGGAUUAGGUUAGGAGAUGCGUCGCUCUAUCGAAUACCCCCUUGGCUGGUUGAACGUUUGGAUCCGGGGCUGAGUUUGGAGAGGUCCUCAGAAUGACUCUGUAAAUAGUUGCAAUGAACUUAGCUAUUUUACACUCAUAUGCAUCAAGCAUUAUCUUCUCUUUACACUUG